AAACUACAUUACCCAGAAGCAUGAAUGAAAGCGUGAAGAGACAGGGUUUGUAAGACUUGCCGGGAGUUUUACGGCGUGUUCUGUUUCCCUGAUAAUUUGCAAGGUCUUCAGUCCAGUGGGAACAGCUCAUUUUGUCAUCGCCAUGUCUUCAGACAAUGCCUUGGAUGAUGAUGACACCUUUAAGAUCCUCAUUGCUACUGAUAUUCAUCUCGGAUACCUGGAGAAAGACGCCAUCCGCGGAGGUGACUCCUACACCACAUUCGAAGAGAUCCUGAAAUGUGCCAAGACAAAUCAGGUGGAUUUCAUCCUGUUGGGAGGUGAUCUGUUUCAUGAGAACAAGCCGACACGCCGAUGCCUCCACACCUGUAUUACUAUGCUGAGAAAAUACUGCAUGGGCGAAUCGCCCAUAAACUUCAACAUACUCAGUGACCAGACGGUUAAUUUCAACACGACACAGUUCCCUUGGGUUAAUUAUCAGGAUGAAAAUCUAAACAUUUCCAUUCCCGUGUUUAGCAUACAUGGUAACCACGACGACCCGACUGGGGCUGAAGGGUUGUGCGCGUUGGAUCUCCUCAGCGCCUCUGGUCUCGUGAAUCACUUUGGUCACUCUCAGUCACUGGAGAAGAUUGAGAUCAGCCCCAUCCUCUUGCAGAAAGGCAACAGCAAGCUGGCUUUAUACGGUCUCGGUUCCAUCCCAGAUGAGCGUCUCUACAGGAUGUUUGUCAAUAACCAUGUGACGAUGUUGCGCCCCAAAGAAGACCAAGAUGAGUGGUUUAACCUGUUUGCCAUUCACCAGAACAGGAGUAAGCACGGCCCCACAAACUACAUCCCUGAGCAGUUCCUGGAUGAGUUCCUUGACUUGGUGGUGUGGGGUCACGAGCACGAGUGUUUGAUAGCACCGAGCAGAAAUGAACAGCAGCUUUUCUACGUAACGCAGCCUGGCAGCUCCGUAGCCACCUCGCUGUCUCCCGGAGAGGCGACCAAGAAACACAUCGGGUUGCUGAGGGUGAAAGGACGUAGAAUGAACCUGCAGAAGAUCCCCCUAAAGACCGUACGUCAGUUCUUUAUCCAAGAUGUGGUGCUCUCAGACUACCAGGACGCGUUCACAGUGGAUACGCCCAAUGUCAUAAAGAAGGUGGAGAACCUUUGCCACGCUAAGGUCAAUGAGAUGCUAGAACAAGCCGAGAGGGAGCGAUUGGGAUGUCCGCUAACUCCCGAGAAACCGCUCAUCCGCCUCAGGGUCGACUACACCGGCGGAUUUGAGACCUUCAACACUUCCCGCUUUAGUCAAAAAUACGUGGAACAGGUGGCGAACCCAAAAGACCUUAUUCACUUUCUCCGAUGUAGAGAGAAAAAGGAGCGAAUCAAAGAUGAAUUGAGUGUUGACUACAGCAGGGUACUAAAAACAACAGCAGUCGAGGGGCUGAGAGUAGAGGACCUGGUGAAGCAGUACUUUGAAGCAACUGAGCAGAAGGUGCAGCUGUCGCUCCUGACAGAACAUGGCAUGGGCAAAGCCCUUCAGGAGUUUGUCGACAAAGAUGAGAAAGACGCCAUCGAGGAGCUGAUCACCUACCAGCUCGAGAAGACGCAGCGCCACCUCCAGGGCCGGAGUGUAAUCACAGAGCAAGAGAUCGACGAAGAGAUCAAGCGAAUCAGAGAGUCCAAAAAGAACACAAUGGAGGAAGAAAAUGAAAUCGAUGAGGCGAUUAAUAGAGCCAAGGCUCACCGCUUGGAGCGCGGACAGACCGCACUGGACAUCAACAUGUCAGACCCGCCGAGCGACGUGGAUUCUGACCAAGACGCUCCACCUGCCAGAGGAAGAGGUCGAGGGACCAGAGGGCGGGGGCGAGGAAGAGGUGCUAAAGCCUCGGAGCCGAAAUCCUCCACACGAGGAGCUUCCAAGAAAUCCCAGAUGACGAGCCAGAGCAGAAGCAUCAUGCAAGCGUUUCAAGCUCCGUCCCAAAGACCUUCUCGGAGCACAUUGCCCACAUCCUAUGCAGAAGAUGAUCUAACCAUUGAUGACUCGGAUGAAGACGUACCUGUAAUGAAAACUCGGCCCUCCUCCAAGGCCGCAUCAACGUCGUCAUUCUUGCGAGAAAGUUCUCAGAGCCAGUCGUCCAAAGGAGUGAGUUUUGAUGACAGCGAUGAGGAUGAUCCCUUUAAAGGCCCUGCACGGCGUGCAAGGAGAUAACUACAGCCGCUUCCCACAUAAAAGCCCAUGUUCUUAUUGUUGAAGCUAAGUUUUAAGGCUGCUCUGCAUCGAUGUUCUGAGAGCCUCGAAGCUGCAUGUAAUGUUUCCGACCACUACAAAAGUUCAAUGCCACUUGUAGCAUGACAUAGGAUCAUUUAAAGCUCUUCAUUACAUCUGUUUUAAUGAUAUGAUAAAGCAGGAGAUGUUCUCGAAUUAAAACGUUGCAUACAAA